UAGAUAUAUAAAGAUAAAUAGUAGAGAUAGGGUUAAAGGCAUUGACGACGAAAAAAAAGCCUUCUUCGAUCUACACUUCUCUUCUCUUCUCUUGUCUCUCUCUCUCUCCCUCUCCCAUCUAACCUCUCGCAGACAAGGUUGGUAAUGGCAGAAUCAUCCAAAGUCAUUCAUGUUCGUAAUGUUGGACACGAGAUUUCUGAAAAUGAUUUGCUUCAGCUUUUCCAACCGUUUGGUGUCAUAACAAAGCUCGUGAUGCUCAGGGCAAAGAAUCAGGCUCUUCUCCAGAUGCAAGAUGUUUCUUCAGCAAUCACUGCUCUUCAGUUCUUCACUACUGUCCAGCCAACCAUAAGAGGAAGGAAUGUGUAUAUCCAAUUCUCGUCUCACCAAGAAUUGACAACAGCCGAGCAGAAUAUUCAUGGACGUGAAGAUGAGCCGAAUCGUAUUCUCUUGGUCACAGUCCAUCACAUGCUGUAUCCAAUCACCGUUGACGUCCUGCAUCAAGUUUUUUCUCCCUACGGAUUUGUGGAGAAGAUCGUCACUUUCCAGAAGUCUGCUGGUUUUCAAGCUCUUAUACAGUAUCAGGCACAACAGUGUGCUGCCUCUGCUAGAACUUCUCUACAGGGUCGUAACAUAUAUGACGGGUGUUGUCAGUUGGAUAUCCAGUUCUCCAACCUUGAGGAGCUGCAAGUAAAUUACAACAACGAUCGAUCUAGGGAUUAUACAAAUCCAAACCUGCCAUCAGAGCAAAAAGGCCGUUUACCUCACCCUGGCUAUGGUGAUGCAGGAGUGGCCUAUCCUCAGAUGGCAAACACAUCUGCGAUUGCAGCUGCCUUUGGCGGUGGCUUGCCUCCGGGUAUAACUGGCACAAAUGAUAGGUGUACGAUCCUUGUCUCCAAUCUUAAUACAGAUAGUGUUGAUGAGGAUAAGCUGUUCAAUCUCUUUUCUCUUUACGGGAACAUUGUGAGGAUAAAGCUUCUUCGAAACAAACCUGACCAUGCCCUUGUCCAAAUGGGAGAUGGUUUCCAAGCUGAACUUGCAGUUCAUUUCCUCAAGGGAGCGAUGCUGUUUGGUAAGCGGCUAGAGGUAAACUACUCGAAGCAUCCAAAUAUAACACCAGGCACAGACUCGCAUGAUUAUGUUAACUCGAACCUGAACCGGUUCAACC